CUGGAUUUGAAGAAAGGUCAGUCCGUAGGUCAUGUACCGAAAUUACGGCCUGGCACAAACUCCGUUUAUUGAUAAGUUAGAAGUAAGUAUGGAUGCCAUCUUGUGUUGAAAUUAAGACCCUUAAUCAAGCAACAAUUCCAGAAAUACCUGUGUACAAACCUACGGUUGCAGAAUUCGAGGACUUCAGCAAAUGUAUUUCCAUGAUAGAGUCCCUCGGUGCUCAUCAUGUAGGACUUUGUAAAGUAAUACCACCGUCAAAUUGGGUUGGGCGUUGCAAAGGUUAUGAUGAUAUUGAUGAGCGUUUAGUGGAAAAACCCAUUUGUCAAAGCACAUAUGGUGGACGUGGUAUAUAUUUUCAGGAUAUUUCGCCCAGAAAAAGUCUCAAAUUCAGUGACUUUAAAAAUAUCGCGUUAUCAAAUGUAUACUGCACCCCUAAGUACAGAGACUACGAUCACCUUGAAAGAAAAUACUGGUCAUCGAUUGGCACUAGUCGUCCACUGUAUGGGGCUAACGUCAAUGGAACUUUGAUGGAUAGUGACCAGCAUAUUUGGAACAUCUCAAAACUAGACUCAGUACUAAGUCGGGUUUUUGAAGAAGAGGGUGUACAGAUACCAGGUGUGAAUACUCCAUAUUUGUAUUAUGGAAUGUGGCGAUCUACGUUUCCGUGGCAUGUUGAAGAUGUAGAUUUGUACUCUAUAAACUACCUGCAUUACGGUUUUCCAAAAUGCUGGUACGUCAUACCUCCGGCUUUUGCGCGUAAAUUUGAAUCCUUUGUUUCCGAAUAUUUUAGGUCGGAAUUCUUGAAAUGUGAUUGUUUUUUAAGGCAUAAAUGCGUUUUAAUUAGUCCUACAGUUCUUUCCCAGUCUGGAAUCCCAACUAAAAAAAUUUUACAACACGAAGGUGAAUUUAUGAUAACUUUUCCUUAUGCUUAUCAUUCCGGUUUCAAUAUGGGUUUAAACAUUGCUGAAUCAACAAAUUUCGCACUUACUAGGUGGAUAGAGUACGGGAAACAUGCGAAAAUAUGUACCUGUUGGGAUGAUACAGUUAAAAUAUGCAUGGAUCCUUUUGUGCAAAGAUUUCAGCCCGAGUUAUUUAAUGAUUGGAAAAAUGGAAAGAACCUACCACCACAUCCUCUCGACGAAUAUCUGCCAAGAGAAUCAAGUCAUCAUGUCGAGAGCACACCCAUGUGUCGAGACAGUGCCAAGGAUAUAUCGGGUAUCGAGAACAAUGAGGUUACGGUCAAAGGUCCUUCUCUUUUUAAACCUUACUCUUCUGAUUCACCGCCUCCCAAAGUUGGCGAUCUAAACUUUAUUGAUUUGCGGUAUUCAUCAAAACAGUUCGAAAUGGCCAAAAUUCCUUUUCAUAUCGCUACUAACCCUCGCUUGUACCCUCUGUGGUGUGGAUAUCCAGCUAAUGAACAGAUUGAACGGAAUUUCAACAUUUUCAUUGGAAGUCAUAAACCAUAUUGUGCUGUUUGCUCAUUUUUGUGGACUCCUCAGCAUGUUUCUAAGCUUUUAUCUAGUGGACAUCGAGAAGACAAACUACCUUUAUACUCGGAACCGCACAUUCCCGAAGUUGCAUAUCACAGCUAUAAUUCUUUUGUACAGUUUCCUCCGAUGGUUAAAAGUCGUAUACUCAGGUGUUUUCGCUGUUGCUUAACUGUACAUGCUAGAUGUUAUGGUGUACAAGAUGAAAUUGGAUUUAAAUAUGAAUCUUCAUCAGAACAAAAAUAUAAUCUGAACUUGAAAAAUUCUUGGUAUUGUGAUGCGUGUAUGGCGAGUUCAAAACCCACAUGCGUAUUUUGUUAUAUGCGCGGAGGAGCAAUUAAAGCAUUAGCCAACAUCAAUAAUACAUUUACUGGACGACCUUACUGGGCACAUUUAGUUUGUGCACUAAUUACUCCAGGUUGCUAUUUUAAAGAUGUACCUAAACGAUUGGCAUUUGUUUCUGAAGAUACGAUCAAGUCAGCUGUAUCCUUAGCCAUAUUAUAUUCAAGCGAAAGUAAUGAACGUGUGGUUAAUGAAAUGCAAAAUAUCAGUUCCCCAAAUCACGUAUCUGAGGAUAUUCCUUUCAAAUCUUCAUGUCAUUUACAAAGGAAUUUGAAACUAAUGCGUAAGAGACCACCUAAUGUUAAUAACAAUAUUUUACGAGAUUAUGAAUCAUAUGAUCAAGGAAGUAAAACACGUCAAUUAAACAAAUCAAAUAAUCGUUUUUCACGAAAGCUACUCAACACUGCUUCCACAACUUCAGUUGAUUUUAAUGUAAAAAAAAUAAAACCAUUCAUUCAGAACAAUGACAAUGAAAUUUCUAGUGUUCAUCAUUCUGACAAUACUAAUAUACCAGUUGAAACUGGAGGCAAAUUUACAUCAUCUCUUCCUUCAACAUGUUUUGUGUGUCAAUUACCUGGGAGAGGAUUUCUUCCAUUGGCUUCUUGCUGGUAUAAUGGUUGUUCUACACAGUUUCAUGUUACUUGUGCUCAAAUGGCUGGUAUUGUUAUUGGGACUGAUGUAUAUCCUCGGUUCUUUUAUAUCGCAUGCAGUAAACAUCCUACUAACUACGAUCACCCGAAUUUCCACGAUCACGGUUCCGUUUCCCCAGGAGAUGAAGUAAUGGUACAACAAACCAGUGAUCCUAUAUUUUCAUCCGCUAUUGCUAUCCGACGAGUAACUCCUUUAUACUGCCGUAUUUCGUUUCCUGAUGGAACCUUCUCAUCGGAUACACCACCAGAGUAUUUGACAAAUGUUAAUUGGUUCAAAGAUGGACCUCCAGAAAAAGGAUCACUUGUUAAGGUUUUAUGGGAUGACGGAAUGGAAUAUACGGGAACGUAUGAAGGUACUACUUCUGAACAGUGGGAAGUUCAACUGGAAUCUGGAGAGAUCAGAGUAUUUAAUCGUGAACAGUUUUAUGUACAACCAAAAACUAAAUAUUCAGAUAUAGGCUUAACUUUUGAUGGUUCAGCUACUGACUAUCCAUGGACAAUAUCAGAUCUUGAAGAUUCAGUCGCUCCUUCGAAUUCAUAGCAUGAGUUUUACAGUACAUAUAUAUUAACAAUCUUAUGCAUUUCACUGAUUGUACAUAAUGUUUUUGAAAGGGAUUUAUUUUUUUAGAGUUUGCCUACCUUUAUAUAAACAUAAAUUUUACAUUUCUUGACUAAUUAAUUUCGACUCUGGUUACUUGGUGGCAACAUUCUAAUCCAAGGAUGGUGAAAAGAUUUCACACUACUGACUUAUGUGGCUAUUUGCGCAUUAUUCGUAAAACAGUUAACAUUUUUAACAGUGCGGACUGAAUACCUGGCCAAUAGAUAAAAAUCAUUGUGAAACUAAUUUGUCGUUUGUGUGUAUGACAUUGGUCAGUUUAACUGCUAAGCGGUACCAAUCAAUGUGGUUGAUCGGUCAGUAGUGUGGCUUUUAAAUGUACUUUCGUAUUGACUCUAGUACCUAGCCGCACGAUCCUUGAAGUUGAACAUAGAAAAGGCUAGCCUUUGGACAACUGUAGAACGUCAGAAUUUAUAACCACAAAGACACUUAAUAGAGAUAUCAUUGCUCGACAAUGCAGGCUUGGUCAUUCUACGUGGCCUCAACCAUUUUGCAUCAUAUAUACUAUUCCAUCCCCAGACCAUAUGUGUCCUUGAAAGGUUAAUGAAAAGCAUAUUGCUGACUCACAACAGAACGAAUAAGUAUGGAUAGUAAUGUAACUUCUACAUGAGAUCAUAUAGAUUAGGUAUUCAGUAUGGCAAGUUCAUAAUAUUAGAAUUACCUUUUGUUCUAGUGGUAUGGAUAAGUGCACCAAUACAAACCAAAACGUCAGUCAUAUACUUUGCCUUAAUUUAUUGAUCCCUCUAGUAAUGACAAUUCAUAAUCGUUAUGUUAACCUUAUGUAAACUUCUGGUAUCGAGAUCCGCUGUACUGGAGAGCCGUUAAUGCUAGGUUGCAAUCGCGUCCCCGGAUGAGAUCUGUUCAUCCUAGUAAUAUGAUGGUGCUGCAACACAGUUGGUUAACACCAGAUUUAUUGACAAUUUCAAUCCACAUUUCGUUUUUGGCGGGAAAAAGUUUUGGGGGUACAUUUCCCUUAGAUUACUUUCUUAAGUAUUUUAGUUAAAGAUCCAAAGAUUGUUAACACUGAAAUAACACCUUGUUAUGCAAGGCAACUCAUAGUUUGAACUUUUUUCGACACAUUCUCAAUACAUACUGAGCUUCUGUUGCAUAUCUGGAUAUUGUGAGUGACAGUCCUUGUCCAGUCUAACAAAGUAUCAUAUUUUAGAAAUUUAUGAUUCUUUGGAGUGUUCAAAGUGGAUCUGAUAUCAUGUACUCGGGCUUGUCCAAUGCUCUGAUUGCAUCGCAUCCUUGUUUGCCUUCUCAAUUUCGUGAAGCGAAAUUAUUAGUGGCCUCAUAUGGGACGCAGGAUUCUUCAUGGAGAUUCGAUGAAGAAUCAGUUGUCCUCAGUAGCAAUGCCUGAGGGGUCUGAUUUUCGUGAGGAUACCUGUUACUCUGAAGACUCGUAUUAGGUUAGAUUGGACUGCAUCACUUCUAGCAAACCAAUUUGUUAUCGAGUUGUGAGAUGAAACACGACUUUCAUCGUUGGUCCAAUAUUGACUGUAGUGGC